AUGUCGAGCACAGAGGAGCAUAUCAAGUCUCAUCUGCUGAGCUUCAAGUCACUGCCAGUCUCUGCAACAUGGAUUGCCAACUUCCUUGCAUCCAUUACUCAAACUCAGCAACGGGCGUCCCUGUCAGCGCUGACUCAAACCGCCGUCUUUCGAAUCCUCGCGUCUAAUUUUACAGAGUCCUUGUCUACCUCGUCUAUAUCUACUCUCCUGCCUAGAGACAUAUCGGAUCCGGCCAUUAAAGAGCGAAAGAUCACCGGGUUAGUUCCUGUUCAGGUUCUGGACAUUGAAGAUAUUGGCACAAGCUUGUGGUCUCAAGUGGAGAAGAUCGAACAGGUAGAGCGCGGCGAAACAGUGCGAGGAAGAGAAAUCGUGAGAAAUGUAAACGUCGACGGCGGUGACGGUGACAACAACGCGGACGCUUCAAUAAGGGCCCCUGGGAAUACCGGAGGCCAUGGUCCUCACCGUCUUGUUCUGCAAGACGCAUUUGGUACAAAGGCAAUUGCGAUUGAGCUAAAGGAUGUCAAGGGUAUUGCCGUCGAUAAACUCGCGAUUGGCGCAAAGCUGGUUUUGAAGAAUACGGUCGUUGGAAGGGGAAUGAUAUUGCUUACCCCGGAUACUGUGACUGUGUUAGGUGGAAAGAUAGAGAUAAUGGAUACUGCAUGGCGAAGGACAAGGAAGGAAAGGCUACUUGCAAGAAUUGAAGCCUUAGAAGGGGGACAAAGGCAGGGUGGUGAUAAUGGGGAUGCCAUGGAAGAAUAA